GAAAGCAGCGCGGCCCAAAUCAGUCGAGUCGAGGCGCCGGAGUACCGCGUGGCCGGUCGGUCAGUAGUCAGUCGAGUCGAGUCGAAUCGGUCGUUCGAGGGAGAAACUAGAGGGAGAAACACCGCGCAAGCAGGAUUUAACAAGUAGGCAAGACAAAAAUGGCGCUCUUUCGCUUCACCCCUAAACGCUGCCUCGAAGUGCAGAAAAUAACAUCGGCGGUGUUCACACGCCAACUGACUGAUGCGUCAACGGAUCUCAAGAAGAUUCUGUCCGACAAGAUCCCGAGAGAGCAGGAACGUGUCAAAGCCUUCCGUAAGGAUCAUGGCUCCACGAAAGUCGGCGAAGUCACCGUAGACAUGAUGUACGGCGGCAUGCGCGGAAUCAAAGGCCUCGUGUGGGAACCCUCGGUGCUCGACCCGGAGGAGGGUAUCCGUUUCCGCGGCAAGUCCAUCCCCGAGUGCCAGAAGCUGCUGCCGAAGGCGCCUGGCGGCGCGGAGCCGCUGCCGGAGGGUCUCUUCUGGCUGCUGAUCACCGGCGACGUGCCGACCGACGCACAGGUGAAGGCCAUCUCGCAGGAGUGGGCGUCCAGGAGCUCGCUACCCGAGCACGUGGUGAAGGCGCUCAACAACUUCCCCAAGAGCCUGCACCCGAUGACGCAAUUCUCCGCUGCGAUCACCCUGCUGAACAGCGACAGCGAGUUCGUGCGAGCGUACAGCAAGGGCGUGCACAAGAGCAAGUACUGGGAGAGCGUGUACGAUGACUCGAUGAACCUGAUCGCCAAGCUGCCGGUGGUCGCGGCCACCAUCUACCGCAACAUCUACAAGGGCGGUAAAGGCUUGGGCUCGGUCGACGCCGGCAAGGACUGGUCUUGGAAUUUCGCCAACAUGCUCGGUUACGACAAACCGCAGUUCAUCGAGCUGAUGCGCCUGUACCUCACCAUACAUUCAGACCACGAGGGCGGCAACGUGUCUGCGCACACUACCCAUUUGGUGGGAUCCGCCCUGUCGGAUCCUUACCUAUCCUUCGCCGCUGGUAUGAACGGCUUGGCCGGACCUCUGCACGGCUUGGCGAAUCAGGAAGUGUUGGUCUGGCUGGAGAAACUGCGCAGCCAGGUGGGCGACAGCCCUAGCGACGAGAAGCUCAAGGAGUUUAUCUGGAACACGCUGAAGAGCGGUCAGGUGGUGCCCGGUUACGGACACGCCGUCCUCAGGAAGACCGACCCCAGGUACACGUGUCAGAGGGAGUUCGCGCUCAAGCACCUGCCGGACGAUCCGUUGUUCAAGUUGGUAGCGCAAGUGUACAAGGUAGUACCGCCUGUACUUCUGGAGACCGGCAAGGUGAAGAACCCGUGGCCGAACGUGGACGCGCACUCGGGCGUGUUACUGCAGUACUACGGCAUGAAGGAGAUGAACUACUACACGGUCCUGUUCGGAGUAUCCCGCGCGUUAGGUGUGCUCGCUUCUCUGGUGUGGGACCGCGCCCUAGGAUUGCCCAUCGAGAGGCCCAAGUCUCUCAGCACCGAUCUCCUCAUGAAGGCCGUCAAGGCAUAAGCUUGUCCGGCAAUCAACGGCGAUAUCAGCGUUAUCACUUCUCCACGUCUCAUCGUAUCUCGGCCCUCGAUCUCCAGCGGAGCGUCGAUAACGACGUCGAGCUCGAACUUUAUGACGCGACGGGCGCGACCUUCGAGACCUUUAAGAUUUUGAUACUUCGACCUCGACGGAGUCUCAUCUCAACGAGUGCGCCUUACCGAGCGAACGAGCGUACGAAAGAGCGAGAGAGAAAAAGGAAAAAGAGAAAGAGCGCGUGUACGGGCGAAUAAAUGAAUAACUGUGCGAGUGAGUGAGAUACAAGGCUAGGUCAACAUCGACAAAUCAACACGACAAAUAAUUAUAUCAUAACGACGUAUUAUCUAAACGUAUCAUUAAGAGCAGAUACGCCAACGCUUCGCGUCCGGUCAUAUGCGCGCAUACGUUUUCCGUAAACGUAACAUUAAUUUCGCACUGGUCUUACAGACCUAUAUAAUGUCUUACAUUGCUGGUACUCUCUGGACGGUGCCUCAACCAGUCGAUCGAGUACAGUUCCCGCGACAUAGUUAUUUAUCCGAACAGAAACGUAGAUUUCGUUCGAUUAGUUGAAACUGCCAGAUCUCUGCGAGCGGAAUCCGAAGAUCCAAAAGAGAGUUUCAGGAAUCCCUCGACCGCCUGGGAAACUUCUUUUGGGAUUCCGCGCUAUUUAGAAGUAUGAUUAAGUACAUAAUUAUACGGGAUAGAGAAUUGUACCAGGAAUAGGAUAAUAUAUAUCGUAUAAGACGCUACUGUAAAUACAAUUAUCGCUCAAUAUUCAGCAACACAUUGACUGUCACGUUGAUCGCUACGAUAUUUACGUCAAUGGUCGGUGUGUUUAUUAGCGGUAAUGCCAGCAACAUAAAGCCAGUGAGAAAUAACAAAGGUGCAUGAAAAUAUGACUCGUGGAGUCGCGUAGAACACAGAAUGUCGCAGACAUCAUCGAGAUGUCCUAACGAUGACAGUUCGGAUAAUGCCUUUAGGAACUUGGAACUACCUGAAACUGUAUUUGAAUAGCAUGAAUUGAGCAAAUUUAAUAUCAUUAUUAUCGCCUCGUUACUUGAAAAAUCGCACUGCCCGAAGGUGUUAUCAUAUAUUCUACUUCGUCUUUACUUACUUUUAUUUUUUAAUCAAAACUCCUGUGUUUGAAUUUUAGGGCAAAAAUACGAGGUAUUCCAAGGAGUCUGUAAGAAUAAACAAUAAAUUUCAAGGCAAUAGAGUUAGCGCAUCGCACAUUGCUAAUGCGCGGUGUUACUAGUGCUAAUAUAGAUUUCCCUAUCAACAACUUAACAUCUUCCUCAGGAAGUCCAUUGCAAGUAAUUGCACUUAGGAAAAAAAUGCAGAAUGCGAGAUGAAGUAGAGAAUUACUUAAGAAUAAUGAAGCGAAAAGGAGAGCACGUUCUAUCAGCUAAACAUGUCUUUUUUAUUCCAAUUUUCCAAUUUUAUCAGGCACCAAAAUAUUAUAUAUUGUUAUAUUUUUUAAUAUAAGCAUUAUAAAAUGUAAUAAUAUAUAUUAUACAAUCACACACCGUCGCAAAUCGUCACUGCUCGCGUAAAAUGAAACAUCAUGGACAUUAAUGAAUUUGUCACGAGAAUGAAUGCGUGUGUGAGUAUUUUAUUUAUAAUGAACGUGAAAAUAAAUGGACAUUACGAUACAA